GGUAAAGCUACACAUGGCUCUCCACUAUUUGUCACAGUAACAUCCACUCAACGGUAAAUUCCAAGACUUCCACUACGACGUCUCUUCGCCUCUUCGCCUCUUCGUUUAUGUUGAGUGGAGGAAACCCAGAAACGUUUCGUUUCUGGGUAAGGUUUAUUUCUAGAGCUCCCCUGCAUUCUCUUCUUCAUUUAUGCAGAGUCUCAUAUUCAUCAGCUUCACUUUAUAAGACUUAGAUACCUGGACGUAGAAGUUCAAUUGAGGAAACUCGGGGAAAUAGAGCUUUCCAAGUGAUUCUCCACCGUCGGCAGCGGCUCAUAGAUCGUUGGUCGAAUGUCUUCCCGCCAUUGUCCGAUGCAGGAGUUUCUCCAAAAUUGGCGGAAGCAACACCCUAAGAGCUUUCCCCAAUUGAAUUACAAAAUGAGACCUGAUCUUCUUUUGCAGGAAAAACUAAGUGGACUUUAUCUAUGGGUCUAAUGAAAGGCCGGAAUUUGAUGGUUGUAACCGCCAAGGAGGAGCUGCAUUUGUGGGUGGGAAAGCAAAAAAAAAAGAGACUUUAUUGACCAAACUACCCCUGACUGACAAAAAUUAAGGGGAGAGCUCCAUUUUUUGAAUGGUGAAAAGGCUCCAAAACUCCAUCAUCAUUAAGUAGUCUAUUGAUUGAUUUGUUUUGGAAUGAAUUUGCUAUACUAACUCAUCAGUUUUUUGGUGGGUAGGGAUAAGAGUUAACCCUUAAUCACUGGUACUCGAUUAUUCCCGAUCCGAUUAAUACAUGAAAUUCUCGCAUUUAUUGGAUAUGGGUAAAACUCACAAAAAAUUUUGAUGAGGUCAAUAAAGGGUAUUGAUUUUAUACUCUCCCACACAAUACCCUUAUUCAUACUAGCCCCACCAAGAUUUUUUUAUAGAAAAAUAAUACUUCUUCAUAUAUAAUUGAUAUAGAGAUUAAUGCAAUAUGUCAAUGAAAGAAGGGUAAUUCAAAUAGAAAAAGAGAGUUGAAAUGCGAUUGAAUGGUCACCCAAAUCAAACAUUAAUUUCUCCAUCCAAUUUUCCUUCACUACUUCAUUUCUUUCUUCUUUUUAUCCAUGGUUCAGGAAAACGUACCGGAAGUCAUAUGGAACUCGUUUGUGAUAGCAUAUUUUGUGGUACGACCAUGGUUCAACCUUUGUGUACUAGUAAAAUACCAUUUUUGUAAUAAAAAAUUAUUUUUGUGUUAAAAAACCAUACCUGUAGUUUCAAGAUAUCAUUUCGAAGUAAUAUCGAAAUCCCAACCACAAAGACCAUAAUUGAACCCACAUAUUUCCUUCACUGGAAAGGAAUUAUACAAUAACAAAGCUCCCUUUGAAUUAGCAAAUUUUACAUUAACACAAAAUGGAAUAUCAAUCAAAAUGAUACCCCACUUCUUCCUGUUCUCAAUUGGUAGUUAAACUUAAAACCCAUCAAAAUCAAGUAAUCAAAACUCAAAAUCACUAAACGAGAUUUCUCAUGAACUUUGGAGACAAACUCAAAAUCCAUAGGCGUAUAGGCGAUAACACUAACCUUCUUGAAGUAUUAGUUAUUAGUGAAGGGAGCUGAAUUGGAGAAGACGAUUAUGAUGUUGUUGAAUGAAUUUCUGAUGCCCUUGGUGAUGAUGAUUCCGAUGUCGUUGAGAAGGGCUGAGCUGAACCAGAGAAGACGUAGCCAUGAAGGAAGGUCCAGACUCGAGACAGGAGAGGCAUACUUGGUGGCUCCGGCGAACAAAGACGACGAAGUGCGGUUUCGUCGUGGAAGGGAGACUCAGUGGUGUUUUUCGUGCUCGUCCUGUUCGUGGUCGCCAGAGGCCAUGCUGGCUAGCUGGAGUAGACGAACGACGGUCGAGCCAGGGGAGAGUCGACAACAUUCUUGGGAAGUCGAGCUCGUCGUCUCGCUGCAGUUACCGGUCGCCAGAAUCCAGAUGUAGUGGUGAGUUGGAGAAGAGGAGCAGCGUCGGGUUGAGAACUGGAGAGGAGAAGAAAAGUUCUUCGAUUCGUGAAUCGUGUUAGAGAUUAUGGUUGGCUUGGCUAUUUAUUUUGGAGGAGAGUUUUUUAAAUUUUCGUUAAGUAAACGACGACGUUUCCUUUGAAAAUAGACUACCCCCGGUUAGAACAAAACCGGGCGGCAUUCCACUUUGUGUCGUUUGAACCAUCCAUACUGGUUGGUAUGGUAUUUCUGGCAACAAAUGCAUACCGUUUCGUUUCUGGUCCGGUUCUCGGUUUCCUAAAGAAUGAUUUUAUCAAAAUUAUGUUAGUUAUUUAUUUAUUAAAAAAUGUGUCAGAGUCGUAGAUGAAUGAUUUGAAUACUAUUAUACUUUUAUUGUGAAUUAAUGGAUGUUUUAAGA